AUGCUCUUGAAGAACAAAAAGGCCGUCGAAGCCCAUCAGAAACGGAUUUGCAAAGAAGAUGGUCUUCCUCUUCAAUACGUCGACUACAUUCUGGAGACUUUGGAUUCAGACAAGGUGGUCGAAUCAUGCAGAAUGUGUCCAAACGCCGCCAAGAAGACCGUCUACUCGUCGUUCAAGGGCCUCCAAAUGCACCUAAAGGUCCACAUCGCAAAAGCCGUCCUCGUCUGUGCCAAAUGCAAGCAGCGGUUCGAUUCCAAAAGAAACUUCAAUGGCCACGUCAAAUCGGGCAAACCAAUGCCAAAAGAAGUCCAAGUCCAAGCCACUACCCAAGAAGUGCCAAAAGAAUACGAAGAAGAAGCCGAGACGGUUGUUAUCGUCUCAAGCCCCGUCAUCGGUGAAGCUCAAGACGUUCUCCAGCAACAACGAUCCAGCCCACUGUAUUGUAUUGGCUGUACUUUGAAUACGAAUUUGUUGGCAUGCCGCCAUUUUGAAAGACUAGAUCCGGCACACGACUGCCUUGUCAAGUUCUUUUUGUACUAUCUA